GCGGCGCGGGGGCGGGGCCGUGGCGCUGGAGCGGCUCGUUGUGCGCUGCGGACCGAUCGCCUCCCGCUGCCCGGGCCCGGCCGCCGCCGCCGCAGAUAUAUUGUAAAAUGUCCAAUGGUUAUGAAGAUCACAUGGCUGAAGAUUGCAGGGAUGAUAUUGGUAGGACAAAUUUAAUUGUGAACUACCUUCCUCAGAACAUGACGCAGGAUGAAUUACGGAGUCUGUUCAGCAGCAUUGGUGAAGUGGAAUCUGCAAAACUUAUUCGGGAUAAAGUUGCAGGACACAGCUUAGGCUACGGCUUCGUGAACUAUGUAACUGCAAAAGAUGCUGAAAGAGCAAUAAACACACUUAAUGGUCUCAGACUUCAGUCCAAAACCAUCAAGGUUUCCUAUGCCCGCCCAAGUUCUGAAGUUAUCAAGGAUGCUAAUUUAUAUAUCAGUGGCUUGCCCCGGUCAAUGACACAGAAGGAUGUAGAAGAUAUGUUUUCCCGUUUUGGGCGCAUCAUCAACUCACGUGUCCUUGUGGAUCAAACCACAGGUUUGUCCAGAGGGGUCGCAUUUAUCCGGUUUGACAAAAGGUCAGAAGCAGAAGAGGCAAUUACAAAUUUCAAUGGUCACAAACCCCCAGGUUCAUCCGAGCCCAUUACAGUGAAGUUUGCAGCCAACCCUAACCAGAACAAAAAUGUGGCACUGUUGUCGCAGCUGUGUCAUUCACCAGCUAGACGGUUUGGAGGGCCAGUGCAUCACCAGGCACAGAGAUUCAGGUCAGCAGAGAAUCAGGAUCUGCCACCGCCCUGCUCUUGGCAGAGAGCAGCUCGUGUACCGCUUUUAAGGGGUUUGCAAAUCACCAGUGGUACACCUCAAUUUGGGAACCCCUGGUUCUCUCCUAUGGGUGUAGAUCACAUGAGUGGGCUUUCUGGUGUAAAUGUUCCAGGAAACGCAUCUUCUGGCUGGUGUAUCUUCAUCUACAACCUUGGUCAAGAUGCUGAUGAGGGAAUCCUCUGGCAGAUGUUUGGCCCCUUUGGUGCGGUUACCAAUGUGAAAGUUAUUCGAGAUUUCAACACCAACAAGUGCAAAGGUUUUGGUUUUGUGACCAUGACAAACUAUGAAGAAGCUGCAAUGGCCAUAGCAAGUCUUAAUGGCUACCGCCUGGGGGACAAAAUCUUACAGGUUUCCUUCAAAACCAACAAGUCCCACAAAUAACUUGCUCGUGCUUUUUGUAUGGAAUAGAUAAUGGAGUGACAGAAGUUGAAACAUUUUUGUUAGUGUAAAACUCAUUUUGCGCCAAUUUUCACAAGUGUUUGUCUUAGUCUAAAUGAGAAGUGAAAAGGUUUUAUAUUCUGGGAUGCAACUGACAUGUUCAAAUGUUUGAAAUCCCACAAUGUUAGACCAAUUUUAAGUUCCUUUAAGUUAUUUCAUUUAAAACAUGUUAAAAAUCCCCUGAAAUCUUAAGUAGAUUGCAUUAACUAGACCCUCUGGAUGGUGGUAAAAUUGAAGCAUGCUUUCACUUAUGAGACUAACAUUUGUUUCAUUGAAUGUUGUCUGCAAAAACUGGAAUUUUCUGAAAAAUAUCAGGCUGAAUUAAUUGAUUUUCUUUGGUUUUAUGUUGUUCUUCCUACCCAUCCCCCUCUCCUUUUGUUCCCCCUCAGUUUCAGUAGUAUGGAAGAAAAGUUGAGAAAUACUAAUGUUUUAGUUGACAGUAAAUUGUUUGAUAAAUUAAUAUUCAUUACUCUGUGUCUAGUUGAGGAUCAGCUUUUAAAAGUCAAGGUCUUGUAAGUAGUAGCAUGCCAGCCUAACUUUAACACCAUUGAGGAGGUAAGUUGCACACUGAGCAGUGGCCAAGCUGUCCAAUUCACAGGUUUUAGAAACGUGACUUUUAAAGCCCACUUUGAGAGGAAUGGACCAAAGAGUUUCAAAGAAACUCCAGGAAGAUUUCAGAGUCAAAAUGAAACUCAAAAAAAGCAAGUGUGAAUAUAUGUUGCUACUUUAUCAGACUGAAUCUCUUCUGUCCAAAUAUUUAAUGCAUGGUGCACUACUUACAUUAUAAUACAGCAAGAUACUCACUCAUCUUCCAAGAUCAUUGUAGUUGGAAUUCCUUUGGCAGUUCUAUUUUGUAAAGAAAAACCAGUUAUAAACAUUUGAGCAUUGUAUUUCUCGCAUCCCUUCUAAUGAGUGCUAGUUUUUCUAUUUUAAUAGGAUUUUGUUUUGACAACUAGCUUUACUUACUGAACACUCAGCAGAAAAGUACUUACAACUUGCAAGUUAGAUAUUAACCAAAAAAAACCCUUUGAUUUGUAGAUUUAAAGAUUAAUCCCCCAGGUUUUCUGCAGACUGCCUUGAAACUUUGAGUUGUUCUGUUUCUGUUAAUUUUCUUUUGCUUUUUUGUGUUUUUUGUUUGUUUUUACUUUUGCAUUUAAGAACAUUAAAUUUGAUUUUGUUUUGCUCAAAUUUUGUUUUGUUUUUUAUUUUCUGUUCUUUUUUUUGCUAAGUAUUGCACAAAGUGUCCAGCUUUCAGAGUGCUGUUUAAGGAACUGUAGCUACGCUUUAAGAGAAUUUUAAUUUACUGCUUUGACAGAUGAGUAGAAGAAAAAGAAUUUUGAAACAAGCACCACAAUAAAUGUCUCACGUAGAAAUGAGUGUCACAGACUGAUGUAACCCUCAGGUGUGCUUCCGUAGGCAACUGGGAAGGCUGAUGCUUCCUGUACAGGUGUGUGAGCUGCUGUGCACAACUAGAGCCUUGGCUCUGGUGUUUAUGUAGGUAGAGCAGGUGUGGAAAUGAGGUCUGUGACAGUUGAAUGCAGUGUCUCCUUGUUUUGCCUGAAUCUCUACCAGCCCCAGAGUUCAUUUCCAAACUCGAGAGGCCAGUCCAUGCUGCCUGCUCGUCUCACUCCAUCCCCAGCUGACCUUGCCUUGUGCUUGCCGCCGUUUGUCCUCUCCUUGUCCUCUCCUUGCCACGGGCUCUGCACAGCCUGAGGGCUCCCUCAGCCUCCACAUGUGGCUGAGCUGGUGCCCAGCUCCAGGGAGGACCUGUGGGAGUUGCUGAUGUUCCUGGACCUGCCCAGGACAUAUGUAAACCCUACAGACAGGCAUUGGCCCAGCGAGAGCCUCCUGCUCCAUUUGAGCUUGUGUGCAGUGAAUGCAGGGGGAUUUUUCCUGUUAAAACAUCCAGCCUUGCCUCUCCUGCCAGUCUGUUCCCUCCCCAUCUCUUGAGAUGCUCAGUGGAACAGUGACACAGCAGCCAGCCCACUUCCACCCCUCAAAGCUGCUCUUGGCUGUCAGAGGUUUCCUUCCACCAGUUCAUCACCAUCCAUUUAUCACAUCAAUUAUUAUUUCCUUUCUGCGUACAAGGAGAGCUUGGGAAGCCUUCUGGGGGGUCUUCCCAAGUUAAAGCUGUGUAGUACAGAGAAGUUCUCUUAUGUGUCCCAUCAUUGUUGAACCCUGCACUGUCCUGUUCCACUUCCACAGGAGUGGGCUGUAGUCAUUCAGUUCCUGUCAUUCUCUCUUGCUUUAUUCCAUUUAAGAUAAAUUUGCUGCUAAACUAAAAUGGGAGUUGCUGUUUAUCACAAUACUUAGCAGGGGUUCAGACUUGUAGCGAGUGACCCCUAAACAUGACUCUGUAUCAGUACUGGUUCCAAGCACACUGGCCAUGGCAGCAGCACAUUGCUGUGCUGCCACUUCUGGAAAAACCUCCUUUUCUUGGAUGCUUUCUGGCAUCACUGUUCCUUUCUUUUUCCAAUUCUUCCCUCUUUUCCCAUCUCUCGUUCUUUGCUAAGUAAGAAGGAAAUGCAGGAUAUGGUUUUGUACCACUACUGCAACAAUCUCUUUUAGGAAAGGUCUGAUUCCAGCUUUCUUUGCUAGUUGCUCUGAUAAUAAUUUUCAGGCAAUUGUUAUGAGCAAAGUACUGCUGCUCGAGUCAGGAAAAGAGGAAAAACUCCUGCUAAUGUCCAGAGCUGAUACCAGAAGUAGUGUGUGAUCAUUGCUAUUCUAACAGUCAAAAAAAUCUUGGCAAAAAUACCUGAAGUCCAGAAAAAAUUGUGUAUGUAUUCUUGAUUCUUUUGGUCCUAAAGCAAAAGGCUUGUGCAUUCUACUAGUAAAGACUAAAAGGAAGCUUCUAGGGGUGGAAACUAAAUUCUAACAAGACAUCUGUCAGGAGUUUUUCUGCCCAAAAGGUAGGAGCAGCUGGUUUUCUUCUCACACUGCUUUGAAGCUCUCACUUGAACAGACUGUUUCAAGAGAGGUUUUGGCCUCUUUAUUCUCAAACAGUCUUCUGCUUUUUCAUCCAUCCAUUUGAUGGAAGCCAGGUGUUUCUGUCAGGUGAGUCUUCUGCCAGUAAAUGAUCCAGUAAAUGGAUCUUUGUGGAACCAAAGGCUGUCUCAAAGCAGAGGUCUCACAUUGCACAUGAGAUGCAGUGGUCUCAUUGAGGUAGAGAGUUCUGGAAAGUCUUCAUUGCAGGACUAGGAUGUGAUAAUCAGAUUUUGGAGACCUGAAUCUUUUGGUCUGUACUGAGAUGUGCUACAGGAACAGCUGAGAUUAGAGUGUUUUAAGGUCCUUUAGAAUAGGUUGAGUCUCUUGGGACAGCCCCUGGUGUAGCUUCUGAAGGACCAGGUGUAAUUCCUGCUGAAAACACAGGUUCAUGCUGCUGUCCCAGGGUCUCAUGCAUAGAUGCUGAGGGGAGUUACUGCAUUUGCUUCCCAGAUGUCCACAUGAAUGGAAUUUACCCCAUGCAGAACGCUGGCCAUGAGCCUCAUCACCUAGAAACCUCCUGUUAAUCAUUAGCACAUAGGCAAAUACCACAUAAAUAUGGAAGAGGAAUCUCUGUAUGUGCUUGGUGUGAGCUGGCAGAGGGACAUGCAGAUCCUUCAGGUGAGGGGAUGGCAACACCAGAAAUCCAGACAUGAGCAGAAUCAGAGCAGCUCAGUGUGUUCAGUUCUCGGUGGUUCCCUGUUAGAUGGUGUCUGUGCAGUGAAGUGUUGGAUUUGUUUUAUUUUAUUCUUCAAGCUGCAUUAUCGUAAAAUUUGAUUGACUUGAGCUGCUCCACUCUCCUGUCAGAGACUGGCCAGCGCAAUUACUGUUGCCUCCUGAGCCUUCCUCUGCAGUCCCUGCAUCUGUUACUGCUCUGGGACUGGGAAAGGCUUGAGGAUCCAGCUCCCAGGCUGAGGGGAGAAGUCACAUCACCACAGUGGUGUGUGUGGCCGCAUAGCUUUUCCUUCCAUUUGCUUGGAUAUGUUUUUUGUACAUCUGUAUCAUGUGAGUAUGAAAACCAUGGAAAACGCAGAGACAAGUCACUGGAGCAGGAUAAAUUGUCACCACAGUGAACAUUGGUUGGUCAGUGUGUGGUCACUUGCUCUUGUCCAGAUGACCAAAGGGUGUUUGCAUGGAAAGGACACCUAUUUUUAUAGGGGGAUUAAAUGUUGCGGUACUUUUAUUUAUACAAAGCAGUUAAAUAUCUUUUUAAGUUUUUAAAAAGUUAAAAAAAAGAAACUUGGUAUCAUUUAUAAAAGGAUAUCCAGCAGUCAAAACCAAAAUGGUGAACUAACUGCAAAGGUGAUCCAUUAUUUUAAGACUGAGUUUGGAAAGUGAAUAGUCCUUAAGGUCCUUCAACAACUGUUACAAUUCUAUGUUGCUUUAAUGUUCUGGGUAAGGUUAAUAAAGUAGAAAUUCUUAAAAUAUUUCAGGAAACAUUUUUUUCAGUGCAUUUUAAAUGGCAAAAACUCAAGGUCCUUUUUGGAUAGUUUAUCAUUACAUAUGUACUUUUAAAAAAAACAGACUUGGAGAAUAUCCCCAUGUUUAUGAAUCUUAACACAAUACACAGGUCAUAUGAUAAAUGGUUUAUUCAAAGUAGCUCCUCUGAUAGCUCUGCCUGCAGAUGGUUGGCGUUUGUGGGAGGUUUUUAACACGCAGCUCUUGUGAGCUACUGGUAGCCUGGUUGAAUCACAUAAGCAUAAGUUUGACUGGGGGCUCUGUCAGAAGGUCACCGUAUUUUUUAUUUCCAUAAUGAAAAAAUGUGUCCUUUAUAACUGUCGAUGAAGCACCUUAUUGUUACAUAUCUACAUUUAGGCAUCUACAAAUAGCUUUAGAGAGAAGGGACCAAAUACACCUUUAGCAUAAGGAAACACCAACACCUUCAGCUCCCUGAGUGGAGCUUUAGUCCUUUUUUCACUUUGUUUUUAUUUUCCAAGAGCUGAAUUUUUCACCUGAGGUACUUUAAUCUCUAUCUGGAAGCAGGAGAGUCUUUCUGUGCCUUUGGCAAGUUCCUCUGAUGUAGCUCUGCACUUCUGAAGGUUGGCUGCUCAGCACAGUAGAAUGGAUAAAUCCAGAGCUCAAGAGGCCAGUGGUUAUUUUCUCUGAUUAUUAUAUUUAUUAUUACUGGGCUUCUCCUUACUAAUAUAAAAAAUGAAAAAUGUGGAGUUCAUGAAAAGGGUCUCAAUUCCCUCCCUCUCGCUUGGAAGAGGCGGUGCCUCCAUGACAACCAGUGGAUUGAAAAUCACCGGUAAUUUCUGAGCAUCCGCUCGUAGGUUGAUCAGGUACGGCGUCAUUUCAGUGGUUGCUGUUUGUAGUAGUCUCAUGUAGUCAAACAAAACCAAACUCAAAGAGUUGCUUUCUCAUCCUGCAUGAUUUAAAGCCAGUCCAAAUCUUUAUGAUCUCGAAAGCAUAACUCACCACCCCAUGGGUGGCUUUGACAUUCCUCUGGAGAUUCCUUCUAGAUCACACUCGAUCAAACAGCAACAAAGGUUUAGAAAUAUUUUUCUGUUGAGUGGAAUUUUCAGCACUGAAAUUCUCUUUUGUUGCUAAUGAUGGAAAAACAGUAAUGGUAGAACUGCCACCUGAAACCUUGGAAAAUUGCUCUGUGUUCACAUUUUAGACUCUCAAUAUUCUCCUACUGUUCCUUCUUUCUAAACAUUUUUGAGUAAGGUUUUAGUGGUAUGGCUGAACUUUUUCACUUGGUCAUUGAGAAGAAAAUGGCUUGAGACAUUUGAAACAUAAGUUGAGAGAAACCUUUAUUUGAUGAGUAAUUUGAAUAAUACUGUACUUCUAGUCUUUUUAUUGAUUUCCUUUCCUUUAACUUAUGUAAUCUUUUGUUUAUAAAUUAAUCUGUUUGUGGGACAGAAGGUUUUAUCAAUUGCUUUCCAUACUGUACAGUAUAUGGUUACACAUUUUGUAUAUUUAGCGUGUUUUUAAGUUAUUGAUUUGUUUUAUAUCAAAUAAUUUAUUUUUCAGGUACCAUUUUCAUUUAAACUUUGUUUUUACAUGGGUUUACUUUAAAUAAAGUAUGACACUGCUUUCCAAAUGUCUAAAAUGAAGUUGAAUCCCAUUGUGUUAUUUUGAGAUGAUUUAUGUAAAUCAACUUAUUUUAGAAGUAACUGCAAAAAUGUACCAAGUUCAUACUUUGGUUGUGCUUCAAUUCAAGUGCUUGGAAAUUCUCUGCAAUGAUUUUUGAGCAGUUUGAAAAAAUGGAGUUUUCAUAUUGAAACAGUUCAAAGAUUUGUUGAUGAAGCAGCAGUUUUGUAGAAUCCUGUGGAUGGAGUUAUGAAUAUUGUUUUCUAUAUGGAUUUUCAAAAUUGAAUGAAACAACUCAUAGAUAUUUUUCACUGGUGUUAAGAUUUAAAUGUCGUUAUCUAUGUUAAUAGUGCAAAGGAGUUUUUGUACUUUUGCCACAUGUUCAUGGCUGGUUUUGUUGAGCACUUGUUUGGAACAUACUUGGGAUGCUUUUACUUGAGCCCUGUUGAAGGGUGAUGUACUUCAAAAUAGAAAUAGGCUUUUACUAAAUUGUUCAUAUUUUGUCUUUUUUUCCCUGCAGGAAUUGGAUUAUUAUUGUGCAGUUUGGAAUUUGACAUGUUUUCAGAAGAAUCUGAACUGUGUUCAGGAAUAGGCCAAUCAAGGUUCCUCCACUAAAGAUUUUGUAACUUGUGGCCAUGUUAGAAAGAUGGAAUUAAAAGAAGGGGCUUAGUUUCCUUUUUAUUUUUCAGGAAAAAAAUUGUUGUCUUUAUCUUACAUUUUUCUUCCUGAUUAAACCAAAGCCCAGUUACUUAGAAGUAUACAGCGAAACUUCUUCAGGGAGCUCCUGGGGAAACACCUCAAGUUGGCCCAUUGGAGCUUUAGAUUGGAUGAAGAUUUUCUGCAGAUUGUGCCAGGGUUGUCAAGCCCUGGCACAGGCUGCCCAGGGAAGUGGAGAAUCACCAUCCCUGGAAGUGUUCCAAAAACACGUGGCUGUGGCAUGGGGGGUCCUGGGCUGGUGGUGAACAUGGUGGUGCUGCCAGCUUGAUGGUUGGGUUUGAUUGCCUUAGAGGGUUUUUCAACCUAACAACUGUGAUUCCAUGAGAAGGGACCAUCAGUGUAGGUCAGGCUCCCUGGUUCCUUGGGUGAGGCUGGGGCAGGACUGUCUUGGUUUGGAAAGACAGGUGUCUGCUUAAGGAAGGCAGGAGCCUCCCCUGAAACGGAAUAAAAAAGUGUAGACCCCCUUCCUCCAAAUAAAUUUGAAAUUAAGGGGGGCUCUCAGGCACAAAUGUAGGAGCAGGAAUAACAGUUCUUUAUUAGGGAAGAAAAUAAAAAGAUAAAAUAAACAACGCAGUGAACCCAAACAACACUGACAGAGUCAGGGUACAACCUGGCACGCUGUUGGACAGGGUGUUGGCUGCAGUCCAGUUGGGAAUUGUGGCUGCAGUCCCGGGAGUGUCAGGUGUGGCUCUGUUGGAGCAGUGAUCCUGUAGAAAAGGGGGUGGUCUCCUUGCAGUGGAAGAGGCAGCUGUUCCUCUGGGAAAUCCGGGAAAUCCAGGGCAGGAAAAGCCGGGCUGGUGCUCCAGAAACUCCAGAUUACAUCCAGGUAGGAACGCUUGGCUCCUCCCUCUGGGCAGAGCAUCUCCCAGUGGGAUGCUGCAGCUUUUAUCAGUCACACAGUGACAUUCAAUGGCCCAUGAACAGAGGAUUGGUUUGGGGAAGAGAUGAAGGAAAGUGCCCACUUAGGAGAAGACAACUGCCAUACCUCUAACAGAUGGCAACUGAGCACAUCUUGCCUUGCAGUCUAAGACAAGGACAGACACCCCAGGUAAAACCCUGGAGGAGGUUCUGUAAGAAGUGUUUUCCAGAAAUGCUUCUGAGACCACAUCUUUUUGGUUGAAGGAACACAUAUAACCCUGCUAGCUCUGCACAGACUGUGUUCCAGUCUUAGUCCUUUCUUCACCAAAACAAACUCAGUUUUGAUAAGCUGAAAUCUGUCCUGCUGUGUUUCAGCAGGUGCCUCCUGUCCUUUAGUCACAAAAAUGAUCUCUCUGAGAGCUGAGCUAAUUGUUGUACCUUUGAGACAUUGCCUCUGAUUUUUCUCUUAAAGACUUACUGAGAAAAGUGAUGUAAAGUAAGAGAUUUAGAUAGUAUUUUAUGUAUGAUAUCACGGAACAUGUAGCAAUGCUGCCUCUGCUCAGGAUCUCUUCCAACUCAGGAGUUUUUAGAUUUGCAGUUAUUUUUUCUGUGAUGAGAAUUUCUCAGUUCAGCACUGUUCGCCAUAUGGAAUUAUUUGUUGAGCUAAAUUGGUAAAGAGCAGAAGUGAGAAUUUCUGUUCCUACCAUUAUAUCAGUGGAUUGUUGAAUGUGCAGGAUCUGGUGUAUUCAGGAAUGCUUCAUUGGGAUUUAGACCUUUCCUGGGUUUUCCUCUGCAUGGAGCUGGAACCCUUCUCCAUUUUUGCUCCCACCAGAGUUCAUCCCAUGUGGUUCACUUUGCUCAUGUUCAUUUUUACCACUAUGGUAUUUUCCAUGUUUUUCUUCUAUGAAAAAUUGUGAGGGAAAAAUAUAUUAAAUUCCAAAAAGCGUAAUCACAGACAUAGCCAUGUGAAGUUCUAGCUCCUUAGAAAUUACUCUUUUUCUAAAAGCAAACAAACAAAAAAAUUGUGUAGACCCUUUAACACCCAGACAGGGAUUCUGGUUUUUGCAGAAUUCCUGAUAGACUCCCUGGCUUUUGACUAUUUCCCCUCCUUGCUCUGCUCUUGUGAUAUUCUGCUUCCAAAUUUCACCCCCCUCAUUUCCAGAACAAUGAAAGAGGGAGGGGGGGAGAAAAAAGGUGUUAAACUGAUAUGUCAGAGAAAGAUGUCUGAACCCUUUUCUCCAUAUUUCCUAUCUUUAAAAAAUUCUGGAAGAAUAUGACUGUAAGAAGUGUCCUGGGUCGUGCUGACUUGCUCUGGAUUCUGUCCCAGCAGUGGCAGUGAACAGCUAUUUAAGGAAAGCCUGGCUUCCGUCCCCCCCUCCCUUCAUUCCCCUUGUGCUUCCCCAGCUCCAUGUCAGAGGGGCCCUAAAUACCUCCUCUUCUUUAGAAUCCUGAUUUUUGAAACUGCCUUUCUUUUCCCUAAACUCUCCUCUGCUUCAUCCUCUACUGACAGCAGGAAGAGGAAGUGGAACAUUUGGGAGUGGUUUUACACAUAUGUGUUAUCUGUGCAGCUGAAGGAAGGUGAAUAAAUCACAAUGCUUUGCUCUUUGCACUGUGACACACUUUCUUUUUUGUCUUUUUUUUUUAUGUUUAUGUAUAGAAACUGAAGAGCAAAAUGAGACUCUGAAUCUAGUUUGUCAGAACAUAACUUGUACUAACAUCUCAUUAACAAAUAAUGUUUCAUUGCAUCAAAAUUAAUUUAAAUCAAAUUUGGCACAGUUAAAAUACAGAUUUUCUUUAUUUGAA